GGAUGACGUCACUCCGGCAGCGCGCCACCCUGUGGCCGUGAUGUGUCAGUAGUGUCUGGCGGGGGGAGGAGGCUGAUGAUGUCAUCUUCGUGUGGUGUCACAUAGUGAUGUCCUCACAGCGCGUUGCGGUGAUGUCAUAGCAUCGCAUCAGUGGCAGUGCAUGCUGGGGAGCAGGCCGGUGAUGUCGCGUCAAUGUGGUGUCGCAGCCUGACAUCAUUGUAGUGCCCAGUGGGUUGAUGGCAUAGUAUGACAUAGCCCCAAGGCACCCUUUCGAGUAGGCUUGAGAUGCCAUACCGCUGUGAUGUCAAAGCAUGGCAUCGUUGCGGUAGACCGUGGGGUGAUGUCAUACUAAGACAUUGCUGCAGUGCACCCUGGCAAGGAGGCUUGUGAUGUCAUAUCACAGUGAUGUCACAGCAUUGCAUUGUUGCAGUACACUGCGGGGGUGAUGUCAUAGUAUCGCAUUGCUCCAGGGCACCCUGGCGAGGAGGCUUGCGAUGUCAUACUACUGUGAUGUCACAACCUGGCAUCUUUUCAGUGAGUGGUGGGGUGAUGUCGCAGUUCCACAUGGCUGCUCUGCCUCCAGGGGAAGAAGCCUGGGCCUUGGCACGGCACCGAGCCCCGGGUGCCAUCAUGGUGCCACGGGUCGUUAUGGCGUCACUGCGGGAGGCGUGACAUCACCAGCAGACAGGUGCCCGCAGUGCCUCGCUCGUGUAGGGCCUGUGCCCCUGGCAGCCCACGUCCGCUCCGUCUCCCUGCCCGGGACCCCUCUGCUCUCCCACAGCCCCAUGGCGGCUCCCGGCCGGCCCCUCUCCCUGGAGCAGCAGCUGGCAGCGAGCAUUGCCCACGUCCUCGCCCGCUAUCGCUUCCUCCUGGACUCCUUUGUCAUCGAGUUUUUCACGAAUGACCAGUGGGCGAUGCUGCCUCCUUCCUGGCAGGACGUCCUGGCUGACCUGCCCUCCCCGCAGCUGGCUGCUCUUCUGCUGGAGAAGGCAAACCCGGAGGAAGCAAGUUACAGCAUGGUGUGGCCGCUGUCCUUGCUGGCCUUCAAAGCCACAGCACACGCCCUAGCGCUGCCCCGGGCGCAUUGCGGUGGAGCCAGCGGCAGGCCCGAGGAGUUCCAGGAGAACCUGUGCCAGAGUGCCCGGCUCCACCCUGUCUUCCGCAAGCACGUCAAGCCCAAGAAGCAGCACGAGAUAUGGCAGCUGGGCAAGCUGGUGAAGCGGCUGAGUGAGCUUGCCCAGUGUGACCACGUUGUAGACGUUGGCUCUGGCCAGGGCCACCUGUCCCGCUUCCUAUCCUUUGGCCUUGGUCUACCCGUCACUGCUGUCGAGGGCAACAGGCACCUGGUGGACACAGCGAAGAGGUUCGACCGGGAGCUGGUGCAGGCGCUGGAGAAGGAGCGAGCGCGGGGGGGCAAGGCUGCAUGGGAGCUGUCUCUCCGUGGCCCAAGCCAUGUGGCAGGCUGGGUCGACCCCCAGGCACCAUGGCCAGAAUUCCUUCUCCUGCUGCAGCCUGGAGUGGACAUAAGCCACCCUCCCACAGCAGGCGCCGGCCCCCCAUCCCUGGAGCCAGGGAUGAGGACCCUGCCCACGGUGCUCGGCAGAGAUGUGGCUCAGCCAGGCAGGGCCGCAGCGGAUCCCACGGGUGCCAGGAGCCACGUAGGCACUGGUGUCCCCAUUGGGCACCUCCAGGAGCUGAGCCAGCCAGCAGAGCAUCCCCCCAUCCCGGGCAGGGUGCUGCUGACGGGUCUGCACGCCUGUGGUGACCUCAGCGUGACCCUGCUCCGCCACUUCGUCCACUGUCCCCACGUGGCUGCCAUCACCUCUGUAGCCUGCUGCUACAUGAAGCUCAGCACCCGCGAGACCCCUGUCCCACCCGGCCUCGUCCUGCCACCCACCGUGCCCCCAGCCACGUAUGGCUACCCGCUGAGCGCAUGGGUGGCUGGGCUGCCGGGCCACACGCUGUCCUACAAGGCCCGGGAAGGGGCAUGCCAUGCAGCCGAGGACUAUGUGCAGCGCCUGCGGAGCCAGAGCCCCGGGCUGCGGGCGCACUGCUACCGGGCCGUGCUGGAGACCCUCAUCUGUGCAGCUGACCCCAGCAAGCAGCACCUGGGCGUGCAGACCAUCCCUGGAGCCCACUGCCUCUCCUUCCACGAGUAUGCACGGCUGGGCCUGGCCCGCGUGGGACUGGACCCCAGCACCCCCCUAGAUGCAGCCCAUGUGGAUGCCCUGCUGCGGCGACAGCAGCAGGUGAUUGCCUACUUCACCCUGGUGCUAUUGCUGUCCCCACUGGUGGAGAGUCUCAUCCUACUGGACCGCGUCAUCUACCUGCAGGAGCAAGGCAAGUGUGGGAGCCAUGGCCCCUCCCUCCUGGUACAGCGGGCAUCUGCCUCUCCAGGCUGGUGGUGUGACCCCCAGCUUGCUGUCCCUGGCAGGGUUUCAAUGCAGGCUCAUCCCCCUCUUCGACCCUCAAUUCUCCCCCCGGAACCUAGUGCUGGUGGCUGCCAAGGCCCAGUCGGCCUCAGCCCUGUCCACUCUGGUGGAGGAUAACAGCAAGGGCUAGGCUUCGUGGCUCGACCAGGAAAGCACAUGCAGCUGGCUCUGGGGAGGAGCACAGGAGCGGUACAGCACCACACAGAGCCUGUGCCAGAAGAAAAGGCACAUGCCAGGGGCUGGGUAAACAGCAGGGUAAGACCUCGUGGUCCCAGUGAAAACCAGCACAGGGGCAGGAUGGGACCCAUGCAUUCACUGCUGAAAGCUCCAGGCCCCGCAGCCAUGGGCACCUGGGCUCUUAACAUGGCCUCGCCGCCCCUGCUCCCUGGAGGGCCUGCUGGGCUGAGCUGGCAGCUGCGUGCGCAGCCAGUAACCUAUUAUUUUCCAGUGUUGUGUCUGGAAGGAAAAGACUGAGCUUAUGCUUGGCACCAUGGGCACGGCCCAAGCUCCGUGCCCACCCUCCUCUGCUCUGGGGUAGGCAGUUGAUUAGUGAUGCCCAUGCUCAGGGCUGCGUCUGGUCCCCCCAAUAAAGGACUCACAACCCCUCUC